UUCCCUCAUUACUACUCAGUCCUCUCACCCUCAUUCUCUGACUUAUUCCAUUAGAGAGAGAGAGAGAGAGAGAGAGAGAGAGAGAGAGAGAUAUGGAGAAUGGUGGAGUGAAGAACACGAUGAAGGUAGCGAACGAAAGAAAGGUGAGAGGUUUGGACGUUCUUCUUCGGAUACUGACACUGCUCUGCAGUCUCAUCGCUGUUAUCGUCACCAGCGUUUCUGAAGAGACUGAGCUCGUCUCCGUCACCGUUUUACCUACACUCCCUCCCUUCAAUGUUCCUGCUACUGCUAAAUGGCAGUACUCUUCCGCCUUCGUAUAUUUCCUAAUAGCAAACGUGAUAGCGUGUGCAUACGCAGCAUUCUCUCUGAUGCUGUCAAUAAUGAAGGCGGCGGGGAGAAAUAAAAUAGCCAUGGCCAUGCACGUCUUUGAUCUCAUAGUGGUGGCGCUGCUCUUCUCCGGCAACGGCGCCGCCUUAGCGAUAGGCAUGGUAGGUUACAACGGGAACGAUCACGUAAGAUGGGCAAAGGUUUGUAACGUCUUCCAAAAGUACUGUCGCUACACAGCUUCCUCCAUUGCUGUCUCUCUCUUUGGAACAACUGCCCUUCUCAUUGUGAUAGCACUCACUACUUUGCGUCUUCAGAAGAAAUCUCUCUAAAAUUAUUAUUAUUAGUUAAUUAGCUACUUAAUCUUUGUUAACUAAUUAAUCACGAAAUUAAUCAAACCAUGUGUGUGUAAUGAAUGGUACUUGUUGCUUUCAAUUUCUAAGCUAGGUAGCCUGUAUUGUACUUUAGUAAAAGCUGGUGUGGAAGUUGGUUGUUGAUCA